AUGGAUUUAUCACAACAACAAGAAAGUACUGAAGAAUUUCAUUUAUCAUCAGCAAUGAAUUUAAAUGAUAAUACAUACAAUCAUUUGGAAACAUCUCAACAUAUGAAUCAAUAUCCUAUUUACAAAGAUUCAUAUCCACCUUCCAUCAAGUCAAUUCGUAUUGUUAAUAAAUAUUUACCUGCUUCUCAACCACCUUCACGUAAAAUAAUCAUUGAACGACAAGUACCACUUCCACAAAAACCUCAACCUAUUAUUAUUGAAAAAUGGCUUUCUUAUCGAGCAUCACCUAAACGACGUAUUAUUAUUGAAUCAACACCACCAUUAAUAUCAAGAUCUCCACAAAAAAAAUACUGUUAUUACAUAUGA